AUGCAGAACCAUCUCAAACCCCUAUACAUUAGAGCUAAAGUUGGACAUGUGGGGGUGAAUAAAGUUCUGGUGGACGGAGGAGCAGCAGUCAAUCUGAUGCCUCAAUUCAUGUUGAAAAAGAUAGGUAUGUUCGACACUGAUGUCAAACCUCACAAUAUGGUAUUAUCAAACUAUGAGGGUAAGAUAGGACAGACUUUGGGUGUCAUACAAGUAGAUAUGACUGUUGGAUCAAUCACAAGACCAACAAUGUUCAUGGUGAUACCUGCGAAGGCGAAUUACAACUUGCUGCUAGGAAGGGAAUGGAUACAUGGAAUAGGGGAAGUUCCUUCGACCAUGCAUCAGAGGAUAUCCAUCUGGAGAGAAGAUGGUGUAGUAGAAAAUGUUGAAGCUGACCAAAGUUACUUCAUGGCAGAAGUGAACCAUGUAGACAGGAACUUGGCUCAUAUAGGACCAUGCCACCCAGCUGAAGAAGGCUACACCCCAAAUAAAAAUGCUUUGUAUUUCUUGACUCUGCAUCCCAAUGGCUUUCAGUAG